AUGCCGUUUGGAUUGAAGAAUGCGGGUGCGACGUAUCAGCGAAUGGUAGGAAAGGUGUUUGAGAAAUGGAUACAUACAACAAUAGAGGUCUAUGUCGAUGACAUGUUAGUAAAGAGCAAAGAGGCGGAAGAUCAUGUUGAUGAUUUGAGAGAAAUCUUUGAGCAUAUGCGAAAGUUCAAUAUAUCAAGGCUCAUAAGAUUAAGUUUCGCAGUAUUAUCUUCACCAAAGUCACAAAUCAUCGCAGAGUUCCUGGCCGAAUUUCCAUUGGAGGAAGAUGAGUAUGUAGAAGAUAUGAUGGACGUGGAUGAGAAACAUGGGAAUCUUAAAGAUUUAUUGACAGAUCGAAAUUUAAACAGAUGGGAGAUACUAGUAGAUGGAUCGUCUAACGGAGAAGGAAAUGGUAUUGGUAUUGUCUUUAUUUCACCGGAAGGAGCGCGAAUGUCUUGCUCAUUCAGGUUGGAGUUCGCAUCCACAAAUAAUGAAACCGAGUAUGAGGCAGUUGUACAUGCAUUGAAGUUAGCAAUUGAAAUGGAGGUAAAGGAAGCGCGAGUAACUAGUGACUCCCAAUUAGUAAUUCGACAGAUAAAAGGUAAAUAUUGUACAAAUGAACCAUCUUUACAGAAAUACAAGAAAUUGGUCAUGGAAUUAGCAGAGCGAAUUCCAAACAUAAGUUGGAGACAUAUAGGCAGAAAAUAUAAUAGGCUCGCACAUGCAUUGGCUUUCAUACCCUCCAUGUUAAUAGAUCUAAUUGCACGAGAUAUAAAGAUGCAAACUCUUUAUUUACCAUCUAUAAAGAAAGAAGACGAAACAUAA